AUGUGUUCAAGAGACGCAGAUUUUGCGCUCGAUGAGCUCAUCGCUCUGAUUCAAGACUACCACGAUUUCAACCCCGACACGACCGUCCCAAUCUAUCCAUACCCGACGUAUUUGAACUUCGGCCAACAAGUCUCUCGCGGAAGACCGUGCGUGUAUCAGCUUGAUCGAGGCGUCCUCGGCAAUCCGUCCAGGCGCGCACAGAUUCCGAAUGGCGCGAGUCGUGGAAACGAGACUGACCAUCCAGCGAAGCGACAUUAUGCGCCUUCCCCCAACGGAGACCGGAAGAGCGCACAUCUCGAAGAUGAGCAGCGUUCCAUUCUCAGUGCACCGUGCUUCCGAUGGACUAAGAAGACGCUCUGCUCGCUUGCGCAGGGCGAGGUAGAAGUCGCUGUCACCCCAGAUGGACGGGCUGAUUCGCUGUAUCUUCUCCCAAAACGGUGUCCACUGGAACAUGACGCCUCAGCCAGAGGCAUUGGGGAGAUCAGCUCUAGGGGUGUUCCAAGCGAAAACGAGCACGGCCCGCUUUCCGGCCACGAGGACGUAGCUGGUCAGGACAACAGCGAUGAGAACGACGUAGCGGAGCACGUCUUCCUCCAACCUGCCACGACCGGCAUGACGAUAUCCAAGCUGAUUGAUGAGCUAUGUCCUCCGGAAUCAUCUUCUCUGUCUGCGCUAUCUCCAACCACACCCACAAAACCAGUCUAUUAUCUCCAAUCACAGGACUCGAACCUCUCCCGUCCGGAGCUGGCUCCGCUCAGAGGCCAUCUCCCUGCAACGCCACCUCCAUUCGCGCUUCCCGUUCUAGGAGACCCCGACGCCACGAAUAUCUGGAUCGGCAGCGCCCAAAGCGUGACCUCCACGCAUCGAGAUCCCUACGAGAAUCUCUACCUGGUUGUCAAAGGGCGGAAGAAAUUCGUGUUAUACCCUCCCAUCGAGGAGAUCUGCCUACACGCCACGAUGGUGAGGACCGGACAGUGGGCAUUCGACGAAAAGACGAAGAGGUUUGAGAUCAUCAUGGACACGAACACGGAAAAGGGUAUGCACGAUGGCCCUCCAGAAGGGAGUAUUCAAGGUGCUGAAGCUGGAACUGAAGCUGAAGAUGGAAAUCUGAGCGCUUGUGGCCCUCGACACUCUUUGGCGGAUGACACCUCGACAUCCACCUCGGAUAUGGACGCGACUUCGCCCUCGCCCCCGCCCUCACCCUCAGCUUCAUCCUCCGUGCCCGCACCCGCACCCGCACCCUCAUCCUCGAUGAACCCCAAUACCGCCAAAAUCCCCUGGAUCCCCAUCGAUCCCUUCAAGCCCCCACCGCCCACAUCGACCACAUACCCAUACUACAAACACGCGCGCCCUCUAACCGUGACGGUGGAGGAAGGACAGAUCCUCUACCUUCCCGCAGGGUGGUUCCACCACGUGACGCAAGAUUGCGGAGAGUGGGAGAAUGAAGACGGAGAGUCAGCACCCGCGCCGUGUAUUGCCAUGAAUUACUGGUUCGAUAUGGACUAUUCGGGAGAGAAGCAUGUUAUGAGAGAGAUGGUGGGGCGGCUUGUCGAGAGGGUCAGGAGGAGAGAGAGGAGUGGGAAGCGGUAG